AUGGACCAGAUCGGCAAAAUACUCUUCACAGUGACGCCCGCUCCGGCCGGCACCGAGCGCUGGGAGCGUAUCAACUCGCCCGACCCGGGCCAGCGCGCCGCCGGCGAGCGCACGCGCCGUAAGCUGCAGUUCUUCUUCAUGAGCCCGGUGGACAAAUGGCGCGCGCGCAGCCGGCCGCCCUACAAGUUGGUGAUGCAGCUGGUCAAGGUGGUGCUGGUGACGCUGCAGCUGUCGCUGUUCGCCAGCCGGCGAUAUGCACACGUGACGUAUCUGCAGAACAGCCAGACCUCGCUGGAGCACCUGUUCGUGCUCGGCUGGGACGUCACCCGCGAGGUGAACACGUACCCGCCGGCCGUCGGCCCGCUGGCCGUCUACUCGCAGGGACGCUUCUUCGAGACGCUGGACUACGCCGUCAACGCCUACUACGACAUCGGCAGCCAAUCGAUCGGCGGCGUGGCCUUCCCUAACGCCAGCGGUCCGGUGGCGCAGCUGUGCCUGGACGAGUACCGCGUGGCCGACGUGAAUCCGGGGAGCCUGUCGUUCGCCUUCGACCAGCGCGUGCAGUCGCGCUGCGUGCGCUUGCAGCCGGGGGCCGCGGAGGUGCAGUACCACAACUUCUCUAGUCUCAGUUACCUGCGCCAGAGGGACUUCAACCUGUCGUUUGUGAGCAUGCGGCAGACGCGGCUGUCGUUCGGCCUGAACGCCAUCAAACUGAAGCUGGUGAUGCCGCUGGACGUGCCCGACUGCUACUACUUCAACGUCUCGCUGACCUUGGACAACAAGAACCAAGACGGCCAGAUCCUAGUCAACAUGGAGGUGAACGCCAAUCUGCUAGUCUGCGAAGGCAACACCGAGUUUCAGCACGACGACACCGAAAUCGAAGUGCUCUUCACGCUGGUUAACGUGGUGGUGAUCAUGGUGUGCGCCGUCUCGCUCAUCAUGUGUGUUCGCGCCAUCUACCGGGCCGAGCUGUUGCGCCGCGAGACGCAGACGACCAUGAAGAAAUACUUUCAGUACGACCUGACGCUAGAUGAGCACCUGCGCUUCCUCAAUCUCUGGUACGUUCUUAUCAUCAUUAACGACGUGCUCAUCAUCGUCGCCUCUCUGAUCAAGAUCCAGCUGGAGAACAAGAUGGGAGACUCAGGCGAAGGUGCCGAAACGUGGAACGUCUGCUCCGUUAUCCUCGGCGUCGGCAACCUGCUGGUAUGGGUCGGCAUCCUCCGCUACCUGGGCUUCUUCCACUCGUACAACGUGCUUAUCCUGACGGUGCGGAAGUCGAUGCCGAGCGUGCUGCGGUUCUCCGUGUGUGCGCUCAUCUGCUACGCCGGCUUUUUGUUCUGCGGCUGGCUCAUCCUCAGCCCGUACCACGUGAAGUUCCGCACCCUCAGUCGCACAUCCGAGACGCUCUUCUCGCUUAUGAAUGGUGAUGACAUGUUUGCCACGUUCGCCCAGACCUCGCCCAAGUCCUGCCUGGUCUUCUGGUUUGCCAAGUUGUACGUCUACAUCUUCAUCUUCUUCUUCAUCUACCUGGUGCUCAGCCUGAUGAUCUCCAUCAUCAUGGACUCGUACGAGACGAUCAAGACGUACUACCACGAGGGCUUCCCGGAGACACCGCUGGACGAGUUUGUACAGGUGCGCCGGUACGACCCUGCCACGGGCGUGUACCGCCAGGACCAGGACGAGAUGUUGCUCUGCCGCCUGCUCACAUUCUGCGGCGGCUGCUGCCGACCGGACGCCAGCGCCGCCGGCGGGCCGGCCGCCGCCAGCGCCGCCGCCGACUCCUCCGCCGGUUCCGCCGCCGACCCCGGCGAGACCACGCCGCUGCUCAACUCGGUCCCCGCGUGAGCCCGGCCAUGAGGCGGGUGCAUCCUCUGCUCGUGCGGUGCUCUCGGGCCCUCUCCCCCUCCACGCUAUACUAAACAGGACGUGGUUGUGAGUGAGAAGACACCGCUGCUCAGCUUCUGUUUAAUCUGAAGACUUGCCGCGAAACCACAGCGCAACGACCGAAACAGUGUGUCAUACGCCCGCUCCACACAUACGCUGGAAGUGGAGAUGCGCUUGUAUCGGCGCCGUGCGGUUUGGUUGGUACUGCCCCACCAUGCGAGUGGUCUCAAGCCGAACCACUGUGCCCUCUGGCUGGUAGACGCUUGUUGACAUCCUACUUAGAAUGCCGCGACUUGGUUCGAUAGAAAACGAUCGCGGUCAGAUCAGGUUUUGAGUACGAGGGCCAUUGAUAUAGGCGCUGGUGAAGUAUUCUGGCUAUCCCCGAUCAGCCUCUGCUUCGUCGUUUUGUCGUGGAUCAGCUGCGUUCUGUGAUUAGGCGACUGUAUUUGUGUAUUUGUGGCUAUCGACGUUUAUCAAAGUCACAAGCAUUUCCUGUUGGCGGUACGUGGUGAAGCAUGCAGCAUCCGUACCCUACUUAUGGUGGUUUGCAAUACGUUUGCCGUAAGAUGUUUACGCGUAUUUAUACUUUACAAGGAUAUAUAACAGAACAACUAUAUAGACAUUUAAUCUAAUUAUGCAGCAAAUUUAACGUAUGAAAUAUUGACAAUAACAUAGUCAUGCAUGCCACAUAUUUAAGUAAUAAUUGUUCUCACGGUUUAACCGUAGUAGGCCAUAUUUCUUUGCUAUCUUUUAUUUCAUCCGAGCCGGUACAUUACCCACAUUAUCAUCGAUACUGGCUUCAUAUCCAUACGAGUGAUCUUGAAGGCAUUUGGAACAUGUUCCGUGUCCGGACGGCGGUAUCCUGUUCAGCUUGUCGCGUGCCAUGCGUCUCUGAGCGAUCCCCACGAUGAAAACCUGUACGAAAUACACUGCUGUAACUGGG